AUUUCGUGCCGUUCGUGUAUGAAGUUCUUGCGCACAAGAUAUUGUUUGUUAUUUUUAAGCAAUUGUUAUUCGUCAAAUAUAACAACAACCAAGGGGACAAAAGGGAAAAACUAUUUACCGGAUGGUCAAUGUUCGUAGCCCAAUCAAGGGAAUACCUGAACCAAAAAGAAACUAGUAACGGGUAUAAAAAGCAGCGGAGGUGACACCUCAAAAAGCAACUCAACGGACCGGACGCUUCAGACGAGGGGAUAAUGUCAAAUCAAGCGCAUAUCGACUACGACAAACAAUUCCAGGAUGACCUGGCCAAGGCGACCGCCCUGAGUCUGGAGCAGCAUGCCCUUGAUGACUACAGGCGAAACAAGAAGUACGGCUCCGGGUAUCAGCAGAGCUCCACCCUUGCUAGCCGAGAUUACCAGCCGGCGCAUCGUAGUCAGAGCCUACAUCAACCACGACGGCACUCGGAGGUGCAUCAGGUGGCCAUCAGUCCGGAAAAUGCGGAACGAUCGCGUACACCGCCGGCCCAGGGGACGGAUAACGAUCUGAUCUGCUUCGCAAGUCCCACCAGCAAGCAGCCAGAGAGUAGCAGUCCCUUUGGCAAACUUAUUGAAGAUCUGCAGCGGAUGCAGCCGACCAAUCCGCAGUCAGCCCUGGUGCCAAUAGGUCCAGUUGCGUCGGCUUCAAUUCCUCCUCAAUACGGGUUUCCACCUCACCAGCAACGUCCAACAGCUGCUCAGCCGUCACCGUACGGCAUGGCGGCAGGUGGAGUUGUGGGUGGACCGGCUUACGGUGACCUGCAGUUGGUGCCUUACCAACCGGCUGUCCAGCAACAGAGGCCACUAAACAACGAGGAGCUCCAGCGGCUGUACAGCAUGCCUGCUCAAAUGGCCGUGGUUCCAGUGCCGCAGCCAAACGCCUAUAUGUACUAUCCCGGAGCUGUGAUUACACCAUAUACGGCUCCCAUAGUUCCCGGAUCGGCUGCUUUUAUGCCGCCGCAGUAUCCCGCACAGGGAUAUGGCUUUGGAGGUGCUUACACGCACAUGGAUUUGAGGCGACCCCAAUCACAACCAGCUCCUCAACAAACAGCACCGACAACAAGUCAUCAUCACAGCCAACCGUCCAACCAUUCCACUUCCUCCUCCGCUGAGGCCAAUGGAGUAGCCUUCCAGGCGCGUCGCCAAGUGCCCUUGACUGGUAGUGUUAGCUCCAGUAGCCACACCGGAAACAAUGGUCAUUUCUCUGGCCCACGCAGGGGCAACGAUUUGAUCGACCUCAACCACGAGGACUACUCCCGUGUGAGUGUGCUGGAGGCAUUCGAUCCCCUGCUAAACGACAAUACUGGCAACGACACCGCCUCCGACAGCACUUCCUACUAUGCGGAAUACGAUCCCUUUGACUUUCUGUACAGCGGAGAUGCAGGAACCCAAUAUUCCGAUCCAAUGUAUGAGGCAGUCAACAGGUGGGACAAAACUGUGGCCACCGUGAGUCCGAAUGUCGGUCUGAUCGGUUGGCGCCAAGAUUUUCUGAGCAAGCCAUCUACAUCUUCAUCGCAAUAUGGUGUUGCACCGCCAGAGGAGAGUCUGAAGCUUGCGGAGAACGGAUCUGGAAGUAUAUCGCCUCCUCCGCCGUUACCGCCCAGGAACCAGCAGUGCUAUGAAUCAAACCAGGCACCCAUGCCGGUCUCCAAGCCUCCUCAGUCUUCUGUUUUGACGGACAGCUACACCUCCAGCAUUCCGGCCAACGUGGUGCUGGACCGGCGGAAAACUUGUACACGCCUGUACGAAUUGAUCAGCGACCAGCGCACUGAUGAUCCCGAACUUUUGGAAUUUUACCACAUGGUAAAGGAGGUGAGGGCGCGCUAUCCGCACGACGAUGCGCCCACCAAUGUGGGACAUGUUGUGGCCGCCGAGUUUAAUUACCAUUACAUGAUGGACACCAGCAUCAAAGUAAUUGUGCAUCCGGCUCUAAACACACUGCAAUCAAACGUCCUGGCUGCGUCCAUGGGCAAGGAACAGGUUAAGGGGUAUGGAAUGCCAGUGACAUUCACUUGCGAUAUUGACUCGGUUGUGGCACAGGUGGUGGCACAAGCUUUGGCCUCGCUGGAGGGACAAGUCAAAGGUACCGUCACAGAUUAUGCCGUCAAGCCCAUUGGUCUUCUGGAGUGGCUGGCACCCACCUCGAGACUGAGCCAGCUGGAGUGCGUCCACAAUAGCUUCCAAUUGGAGAAGGAUGUACAUUUGGGCCUGUGCCUUAGUACGACGGCAAACAUGCAGGCUAUUGCACGAACAGAGCGGGAUGAUGACCACGAUGCGGAUUUGCUGCCGGAACAUCUUCUUCCCAACGAGGUGGUGCCGAUUGUGACCUACGACAACAUGAUGAUACUCAUCGAAACGCUUGAGAUGGAGAUUGACAAGCUGGAAUCGGCGGCCGACGGAGUACCCGGACGGAGUGUCGUGAGCUGCUCCGGAGUUGUACAAGCAGUGAAGGCCAUAUGCGCACUGCUCGGUUCAAUCGACACAAUGGAAAUUGCACGAUGCGUUGCCGAUCUGAAGCGCAUUUGCGAGGUGGAGCAAAAGAAGUACUCGACGGGCGCUAGUAACCCAGAGAUUGUGAGUGACUACGGUGAUUACGCCCAAGUUGUUCUCCGCCCGCGCUCCAUGCUGGAGCAGAUCAAGGUCAAGUGCAACGAGCUGCGAGACGCAGUGCAAGAGCUGGUUGAGUUGUACGCGAAUGUUUUCCGUGUGGCAUUCUCUGUGAAGACGCCCGAUUACUCAACAACACCCAUACCCAUUUCCUGUGUGUCCAAGCCAAUUGUGGUAUGCAUUAGCUGCCUACACAGGCCGCUGACGAAUUGGAAGUUCGACGAUUACUCCCUGUGCGUACAAAUCGUUUAUGGAACGCGCCUGCUAUCGAAGCCGAAUGUGCUGACCUGCUCCAACGAUACAAGUGGAGGCCUGUUUCCACGUCUUAACUUCAGUGCCUGGCUGACUUUCGAUCAGCAUCCUAUCUGCACUCUGCCCAGAGAGGCCCGCCUUACGUUCGUCUUGUAUGGAAAACAGGCGGCCACUGAAGGCGAACCCAACUCCGAACAGAAUGGAGAGAGGCGUCAGGUGACCACUGAACUGGGCUGGUGUUCGAUCCAACUAUUUGACUUUAAGCGAGUGAUGAUCUGCGGCCCCUACUUACUGUCUUUAUGGCCACCAAUGACGGAUAAAAUGCUUGGACCAGCUCCGGCGCGAGGCUGUCAUCCGCAACCCGACUUUUGCCCUGUUUUGAGCAUUGAGGUACCUCCGUAUGGAGGACGCAUUGAGUUUCCCGAGCACCAGGAGGUGCCAAAACCUGCACCACACUACGAUUUUGCCUCUCUGGAUGCCAAUCUUCAAGAGGAGCUGCUGGACACCGCAGAGCUGGGCUACACAGGAGCCACAGAACGACGUGAAGUGUUCUGGGAAAAACGGCUCUACCUGCAAAACUAUCCCAAUGCCCUGCCAAAGGUUCUUCAUGCCGCCCACAGUUGGGAUUACGCCAAUUUGAUCGAUUUGCAUGCGCUGCUACACUCCUGGGCACCACUCUCGCCGUUGCAGUCUUUGGAGCUACUUCUGCCACGAUAUCCGGAUGCUAAGGUUCGCGAGAAAGCCGUGGAAUGGAUCUCCAAGAUGCCCAACGACCAGCUCGUCGACUUUCUGCCUCAAUUAGUGCAAAGUUUGAAACAUGACACAUACGAAGGCUCGGCAAUGGCUCGAUUCUUGCUGUCCAAGUGCCUGGAGUCACCGCGCUUUGCCCAUCAUAUGUAUUGGCUGCUUGUGCACAGUCUGCCUGACGAUCCUCACAACUCUAUUGGAGCAGCGAUGGUGGAUCAGGAGUAUGACGAGUCCCAGGUAACCCAGGUCCGUUACUACCGCCGGAACAAAAUGAUGCUGCGUGCUUUAAUGGCGAUUUGCGGCGAGAAGAUGCUCCAGCGAUUUAUGUACCAGCAUCGAAUGUGUCAGAAACUUACUACUAUUGCGGAGUCGGUUAAAGAGGCUAAGGAGUCGAUGCGUCAAAAAAGCCUAGCCGCAGGCAUGGACGAAAUUCACCAAGACUUACUGGAGCAGCCCACUUGCCUACCGCUGGGACCAGAACUGGAGGUAUCUGGAGUGAGUGUGCGUAACUGUAGCUACUUUAACUCCAACACGCUGCCGCUGAAGAUCAACUUUGUGGGACCUGAUGCCGAGUCCUUACCGGCUAUCUUUAAAUGCGGAGAUGACCUGCAGCAGGAUCAGUUAACUAUACAGCUAAUUAGGAUUAUGAACAAAAUGUGGUUGGCCGAACGAUUGGACCUGAAGAUGGUCACCUUUAAUUGUGUGCCAACGGGAUACAAGAGCGGUAUGAUUGAGCUGGUUAGCGAGGCGGAAACGUUGAGAAAAAUUCAAGUAGAGUGCGGUCUGACGGGGUCCUUCAAGGAUCGCCCCAUUGCCGAGUGGCUAGGCAAGCAAAAUCCCAGUCCGCUCGAGUACCAGAGUGCGGUGAGAAAUUUUACGCUAUCCUGUGCUGGAUACAGUGUGGCCACGUAUGUGCUAGGCAUCUGUGAUCGUCACAAUGACAACAUCAUGUUAAAGACUUCGGGUCACUUGUUUCACAUUGACUUUGGCAAGUUUCUUGGCGAUGCCCAGAUGUUUGGAAACUUCAAGAGAGAUCGCACCCCAUUUGUCCUGACUUCCGACAUGGCUUAUGUCAUAAAUGGCGGCGAUAAGCCCUCCACAGACUUUCACUAUUUCGUGGACCUAUGUUGUCGAGCCUUCAAUAUCGUGCGGAAAAAUGCUGAUCUGCUAUUGCACACCCUGGCCCACAUGGCUACAGCAGGCAUGCCGGGAGUUAACUCCAAUGCUGUGCAAUAUGUACGUCGCGCGCUAUUGCCAUCUCAAUCGAAUCCCGAGGCGGCGGCCACGUUUGCCAAGAUGAUUCAAUCCUCGCUGAAAAGCUGGUUCACGCAAUUCAAUUUCUUUCUACACAAUCUGGCCCAGAUGCGUUUCACCCCAGACGAGGGAUCAGGAGAGCUGCUUUCAUUCGUGCCUCGAAAAUAUACAAUGCAGCAGGAUGGUCGCUUGAAGAUUGUAAAGGUGGUGUGUUUCCAGAAGCACUACAGCAUGGAAAAGUUCUAUAUGUAUAUUCUGGAAGUGACGCGACAUGGACAGCCCGAUCCGACACAUUUGUUCCGGUCAUAUCGGGAAUUCACCGAAUUCCAUCAGAAGUUAUGCAUGCACUUCCCGCUGGUUAAACUGCACAGUCUGCCGGCUGGUGUGCAUGUGGGCCGUUCCAACAUCAAAUCCGUGGCAGAAAAACGACUACCUCUUAUACAGCGAUUUUUGAAAUCGCUGUUCGAUGCGUCCGAGGAAAUAGCCCAUUCCGAGCUCGUUUACACAUUCUUUCACCCGCUGCUGCGCGAUCAGCAGGAAGCCAAGCUGGGAAUGCCGAAGAUAAAGGGUAAAUUACAAUGCACUAAUUUCCAAAUUGAAUUGCAAUAUUUAUUUAUGGAUUUUGCAGAGGUGAAGCAACAACCGUCGCGGGAUAAUCCCCACGAGAUUGGCCAAAUACGACUAUCGCUGCAAUAUCAACGCGGCGUACUUACUGUGAUGAUACACCACGCCAAAGGACUGCCCAUGUUACAGGGCGGUCAGGAGCCCAACACAUAUGUGAAGUGCUACCUAAAACCGGAUCCCAAAAAGGAGACCAAACGCAAGACCAAAGUGGUGCGCAAGACCUGUGUGCCCAGUUUCAUGGAAACAUUGGAGUACCGAAUGCCACUGAAUAUUAUUCAAGAGCGCCGCCUUCAGGUUACGGUUUGGUCGCACGACACGCUGCAGGAGAACGAGCUGCUUGGAGGCUUCGAAAUGGAUCUGUCGAAGCACGACCUGCGACAGGAGCUAGUCGACUGGCAUCGCCUGGGCGCGGUGUCCAGGAACUGACCAGAUCCCAGGGACGAGCUCUUCUGACUCUCUUGGACACUCUGCCUACCGACAAUCAGGCCUAGGAUAAUGCAAUACUAAUAUAUGUUUGUGCCUGUCUUCUUUCGAUCGCAAUAAUACUUACUUACUCAAAGUGAUUGUACAUUCCAUAUACCAAUAUUAUAAAUAACAAAACAGUAGUAGUAUUAUUUCGUAAAAUGUGUGCCUCAGAUGUAAAUAUUUUAUAACCACCGCAAACAACAUUCUUUUGGACAUCUAAAUGUAAUUAUAACUAUAAAUUAUAUCUUUGCACAUGCAUUUGGUCACAUAAAUUUUAAAAUCAAUCAAAUUUAUUGUGCACCUUGGGAAUUCAGAAAAUUAAAUAUAUUAGUAAUUUGUUUGUAUCGUUCUGUUGUCGUCACCUGGCAAUUGUUCUUUUAUAGUAGUUAAAUAUAAAAGUUCAGUAUUAUGGCUAAAAUUCUAUAAGAGAUUAUUAAAAACCUUCAAGCAGCUCGCUGGUCUGUAAUAUCUAAAAUAAAAACUUGCACGAAGAAUAAUCAUUACUAACUUUUUUGCACUUUUCUAAUUACUUAAAGUAAAUAGAGAACAACAAUUUCCUAAAGAAAUUAGGCAUUGCAAGCAGACUAACGCACAGAUACAGAUGUUUUCUGAUUGUAGUUUAUUUCUCACUUAAUAUUCACCAAAUUGCUUUCAGUGUCUCAAUGAGAUGGCGUCCAAAGCAAACGCCUGACUGGGUCUUCAAUCGACCCUUAACUGAUAACAACAAAUUUACAAAGUUAUAGGGAAUUACUAUCAGAGAGAACAAGAACUAAAAGUGUCUUAACCAAUUAAACGAAUAUUGUAAAAUAUAUAAUAAGAGCACACACACAAACCGCAAACAACAAAUUAUAUUUUUAUAGAAAAAGAAAGAUUCAAGAGCUACAUCUGCCUGAGCAUUUGAAAUAGUCCUUUGAUACCGAUUAAAAACUACCUAAGAGGUAUCUAAUGUUUUUAUAAAAUUAUAAUUGCUAGGAAAAAUUCAAAUUUCUGUAAGUGUUGAGGAAUCGUAAAAAUGUUAGCUGGCGGUAAUCACUUUUGGCACAAAUAUAUGAGCAUAAAAAAUGUA